UCAAACUUUUAUUAAGUUCCGGUGUGAACCCAAAACACGCAACUCAGGUCAUUAUGGAAAUAUCACGGCGAGCAAAAAUUAUAUCUCGCCAAAUUUCUAUACUUAUCUAAAAUAUGGGGUUAAUUGCAAUUGAAACUCAAUUUUACAUAUAUUGUUCAAACCGUAAGUUAAAUGAUUGAAUAAAAACGCAGUACAGCGUGUUGUUUUAUUUUGAAAACUCGUUGACGGAAGUGCCUUAUGUUGACAUCAUGUUCAGUUCGCCACAUAGCUGCUGCUAAUCACAUGGCACUUUUAUUUAAGUUUAUUGCCACAGCUGAGGAGAAUGGACGCUGGCUCCAACCAGAGGACGUUGUUCCAGACCUGGGGAACAGCGGUCUCACAAAGUAAAGCAGCGAAGCCCCAAAAUGUGGGCGAAAAACGGCGGAAAACAACACAUGACAGCAGCACAGUUCGAGUAGCUGCAACAAAACACACCUCUUUAAAUCCUUUGUGGACUGAAUAUGGAGAAAGUUCGACAAACACACCAGACACCACGGUGAGGCCAGAUGAAUCUACUGCGUUUGACUGUGAAGAUGACGACGAUGACGUUAUGGUGGUUGCCGUCUACGAGGCGGAAAAGAACCUGCAGUGUGAAAAUGCUACAAACUUGACUCUAAAUGAAAACUGUGUGGAAGCAGAGAGCAGGUCUCUCUCUCCAGUCCCACUGAGUGGUAGGACGUUUCCAGAGCUCCCUGGGUUUGACGGCUCCUCAGCCAAAGUAUGGAUCUACCCUACCAACUACCCCCUCAGGGAGUACCAGCUGAAUAUGUCAGAGGCUGCUCUGUUUCAGAACACUCUGGUGUGUCUGCCCACUGGUCUGGGAAAAACCUUCAUAGCCUCUGUGGUGAUGUACAACUUCUACCGCUGGUAUCCUUCAGGGAAGAUUGUUUUCAUGGCUCCAACCAAACCCCUGGUGGCCCAGCAGAUCGAGGCUUGUUAUAAAGUGAUGGGGAUCCCACAGGAUCACAUGGCCGAGCUGACAGGCAGCACCGCAGCCAAGCAGAGACAGGAAGUGUGGAGGUCCAAGCGUGUCUUCUUCCUCACCCCUCAGGUCAUGGUGAAUGAUUUGUCCAGAGGCACGUGUCCAGCGCAGCAGGUCAAGUGUGUGGUGAUCGAUGAAGCCCACAAAGCACUGGGGAACCAUGCCUACUGUCAGGUGAUCAGACAACUCACCAGUCAGACACUACAGUUCCGUGUGCUGGCACUGAGUGCUACACCAGGAGGUGAUUCAAAGUCAGUCCAGUCUGUCAUCUCCAAUCUGCUCAUCUCCCACAUUGAGCUGCGUUCUGAAGAGAGCCCUGACAUCCAGGCUCAUUCUCACCAGCGGAGUGUGGAGAAGAUGGUGGUUCCUCUGGGGGAGGCUCUUACUGCCCACCAGGAGCUCUACCUACAGGUGCUGCAGAAAUUCAUGUCACGUCUGGUCCAGAGCCGAGCGAUGGCUCAGAAGGACCUGAGGACUCUCUCCAAGUACCAGCUGAUACUGGCCAGGGACCAGUUUCGCAAAAACCCACAACCAAACAUCAAGGGCCAACAGCAUGGAAUGCUUGAGGGGGAUUUUGCCCUCUGUAUCAGUUUGUAUCAUGGCUAUGAGCUACUGAUGCAGAUGGGGCUCCGUUCACUGUUUUUUUACCUCCAAGGAAUCGUGGAUGGUUCUCGAGAAAUGACCAGGGCAAGAAAUGAGCUGCAGCGGACUCCGAUCUUUGUUCAACUCUAUCAUGAUAUGGAACAAAUGUUUAUGAGGCCACCUGCUGGUCCAGAUGAGCCGUUCAUGUACAGUCAUCCCAAACUGAAAAAACUGGAGUCAGUGGUGCUGCAGCAUUUCAACCGAUGGUCUGGGAGUUCCACAGACAACAACGAAAACACACGUGUGAUGAUUUUCUCAUCGUUCCGGGAAAGUGUACAGGAGAUCGCUGACAUGUUGAAUCGCCAUGCCCCGAAGAUCAAGGUCAUGACCUUUAUGGGUCAGGCUUCAGCAGGGAAGGGGGUCAAAGGGUUCACGCAAAAGGAACAGCUGGAGGUGGUGCACAGGUUCCGUCAGGGGGGCUUUAACACGCUAGUGUCCACCUGUGUGGGUGAAGAAGGGCUGGACAUCGGGGAGGUAGACCUCAUUGUUUGCUUCGACGCCCAGAAGAGUCCCAUUCGCCUGGUGCAGCGCAUGGGCCGCACUGGACGCAAACGCCACGGACGCAUCGUUGUCAUCCUGGCUGAGGGUCGUGAAGAGAGGACGUACAAUCAGAGCCAGAGCAACAAACGCAGCGUGUACAAGUCCAUCAUUGGCAACACCAGUGGUUUUCACAUGUACCCCAACAGUCCACGCAUGCUGCCCGACGGAGUCAACCCCACCCUGCAUAAAAUGCACAUCACCUGUGGACAGUUUGACCACCAGGAGAGAAAGAGGUCCUCCGGUGGUGGACGGCGGUCGAACACUGAGGGUCGCACGUCACUGGUUCACCCUAAAAACCUAAUCCUGCAGGGCAGGAGAACGUCGGAUGGCUUCCUCAACAGCUCCGAAUAUUCUCUGUGGGCGUCGACCAUGAAGCUGGAGGACAAUGAAGCCCGUCCAAUUCUGAAGGAGUCACAUUUUGUGUCCAUCGCCGGUGAAGCACCACCUGAGGAGAAAAACAGAGGACCGACCAGAGAGUUAUCCCUGUGGGAGUGGAGACACUGGCAGCACAAGUCACUUCCUACACAUGUUGUUGAUCAUUCUGUCCGCUGCCAACACUUUGUGAAGGUGAUGGAGCUGGUGGACUCCAUGAAGGACGAGAAUGAGGGUGAGUGCUCCUACGAAGAGCAGCUUCGUCCUCACACACACAAAAAUGAUGUUGUUGGUCACGUGACGAACAGACAGAAGAGCAAAGACAGGCGCACCGGGACAGCAAAUAAAAAGACCAAAGUGUCUCCUCAUCUGGAAUAUAUACAUGAGGGAGAAGAAGGAGAGAAAACCCAAGAAUCAGAAUUCAUGUGUGCUGCAGCUCUGACAAAAACAACACGGUCAAGUCGUCAGGAGACAGGAGAACUAGAAGACUUCACAGAUGAUCCAGGCCUCCGGGACUUCUCCAGUCCUCAUCCCAUCAAUGACCGCCUUGUAGCUGACAUGGAUGAUGACGCCUGUGUCGUCCUCAAUUCAGACUCUGCUGUGACUGAGCCCCUACAUUCAGAGAGGAGGGCGAAGACUGCAGCAGAGGAAGACCUCGAACUGCAGGCCAUGUUUUUUCUUCCCUCGUGGGACAAUGUACCUUGUCCUCCGUCCCUUGGUGAACCUCUGCCGGGAGGAUCUGAGAAGCUGAAGGUCAUUCUGGCCAAUGUGGAGGAGCUUCUGUCUCGAUCUCCUCAGCCACUGACUGACGACCUGGGGUCAGACUUGGCUCCUCCUCCUUCUAAUCAGGUGAUCGAGGUUCCAUUUAACGUCAGCUUUACUUUGGAUCUAGACGACGACGAUGACGAAGUAGACGAUGGCUCACCAAGGGUGGACUCACCUCCAACUCCACUGGAGGAAAAUGACAAAUUGGAGGCCAAGAGUCCCAGCUGGGAUGAUGUUUUUGAAGACGAAGAAGAAAACAAUGAUCAUCAUAGGAGGGAUGAAGACCUGGAGAUGGACUCGAAGGAGGGAAACGCUCAUGAAGAAGCUGAUAAAAGUAGGAAAAUAAGUGUUGAUGACUUCAAGAACGAGGAUGAAGAUGGUUUGGACUUUGACCGUCAGUCGAGUGAGAGCAUGGAUCUGUUCGGAGACGACGAAGCCUUCCUGCAGAUGACCAUACCUAACAUCUCCACCCCUGGCCUCACACCCAGGAGUUCCCCCGGUGGCAAAGGUGGCAGUGAAUACGUGUCCAACAUGUCGUAUGUAGAAAGUCACACCACCGGCCCACGCAGUGAGACAGCUGCAGAAGACACACACACUUUAAACACAGCACAAACGGCCUGCGCGACGCACACACACCCCGAUGUCACCAGAGCUAACGCUAACACCACACACACGGGAGCGAUCGGUGAACCUUCAUCACCUCCCACAAUGCAACGCAACUCUGAGUCGUUUGACAAUUCUAAGGACUUCUUCUCAGUCAACUUUGACCUGGGUUAUUCACUGGAGGAGGAGGAGGACGAGGAGGACGAGGACGAGGAGGAGGAGGAGGAGGAGGGCGAGGAGGAGGAGGGAGCAGAUGUGGAGGCUGCUCCUGCUCCUCAGGCUGCAGUGCCGUCACCUGCCUCACCCGUGUCUCUGCGGGUCACCUCCAACUUCUCCACUCCUUUGAACAGAAACACCAGCAGCAGCAGAACGUCCAUGCAGCACCUUGGUUCUCAUUCGUCUUUGACCAGGACGUGGACAGAGCGGAGGGGUGGACAGAUGUCUCCUUUUCAGAGCCCGACGACUAAGAGCCAAGCUCUGCCGUCUCCCAUCGUGACGACGACGCCGAGGUUCAAGUUCAAGUCUGGUCCAAACACACCGGUAUCACUCAGCUGUUCAAAACUGAAGCCGAGGCCUGGAGGAGCUGACGACACCAGGGGAGGGUCAGGGGUGAGGAGCAUGACCUGGGACAAAACAAGUCCUCGUCCAGUGAGAUGCAUCAGUGACAGUGAAGACGACAUUGUGCUUCCUAGAAGAAGAAAUCAGAAUGUGCUCAACCCCCUGAGAUCUCCAGAUGUGUCCAAGAUGAGUGACGUAGACUCUCCCCUGGUGGUGAACAGAAAACGUCCGGCUCCGCUGAACACAUCCGGGGAAACCGAGGCCGAAGGUGUUUCUGACGAUGAUUUCCAGGACGAGAUUGUUCCCAGACUCAAACCUGCAGCACAGAGAGCUGAGAGGAAACGGGGGCCACAGAGCAGAGCCAAGGGCAGGUGUCAGUUCCUGGACAACGAAGCAGAGCUGUCGGAGGAGGACGGAGCAGACGUUUCCUCUGAUGAGGAGGACGGUGAUGAUCAGAACCAGUCUCUGGAAGGAUUUGUGGACGACAACACACACUUCUCUCAGGCACUGAAUGACUCAGAGAUGCGUGGUGUUUACCUGAAGUCUGUGAGAAGCCCUGUGGUCUGUGGCAGGUUCAAAAUGUCCUACAGGAACCGUCACAUGGACGUCUUCUCUCAGGUGCCUGAGAUGGACGAAACGUACGCCGAGGAUAGUUUUGUGGUGAGCAGCGAGGUGGAGGAGGUCGGUAGCAGUGAGGACGAGACUGAAGACGUGGAACUGAUGCCCGAGGCCUCUUAUAUUGACGGGCGAAGGCAGUACGCCACUAGGAGGCGAGUCUUCCUGCACAAGGUCAGAGCAGGAGCAAAGUCUUCAUCAGAACAGAGAGCUGAGGUGAAGGCAAAACAUACCAGGAUCAUACGAGUGAAUGACUCCAGUGAGGAGGAAAAAAGUGACGUGGAGGACGAGAGAAGUUCGGAAAGGGUGAAGUGUGAUGGAGCGCGGCCUGAGCCCUGCAGGAUGCAGCCAGAAACGUCUUCAUCUUCUCUCUCCAGGACCUCAACCGUAUCAUCCAGGGUGUCACUGCUGAGUAAAGCACAGAGGAGUUUGACGGCUGAAGAAGACAAGAAAGAAAGAUGUCGCCAGAGGUUAGAAAAUCAAUAUCUUCUGUCUGAUGAGCUGGACUUUGUUGAGCCACUGAGCAAAUCGUCUACAAGUCAGGCCAAGACACCAACCUCCACCUCCUCAGCACCUCAGACCCAGAGGUCGGUCUGUCCCGAUGUGUCCGUCAGUGAGUCCUCUGCUCCACCAGCCCCUGUCUGCAUCCUGGUGGACAGUCGCUGCAUCAGCGCCGGCGUGGAUCUGAUGACCAGCCUGCGUCAGCGCCACGCAGCCACCGUCCAAGUCUGCUCUCUGGACGGCAACUACUUUAUUGUCAGCAAUCGCAUGGCAGUGGCGAGGCACAGUCAGUCAGAUCUGGCCGCAGUGCAAAACAGGAAGCAGCUGGUGGAAAGAGGGAAAAGACUACAGGGGCUGUUUGAACGGGUUUGCUUCUUAGUGGAGAAGGACCGAAGCAAGCCAGGUGAGAUUUCACGACUGUUCCAACGAUCCCGAUAUUACGACAGCACCUUAGCGGGCUUGGUUAGGACAGGAGUUCGAUUGCUUUGGAGCGAUGGUGAAGAGGACAGUGCCCACCUCCUGGUAGACCUGGCCAGGCUGGAGCAGCGUAAAGGUCAGGGCAUCUGCGCACCGCUGGAGGUCAAAGGGCAGCACAGCGAGCAGGCUCUGCAGAUGUACCUGAACCUGCCCUCGGUCAGCUACGUUCACGCUCUGAACCUGAGCCACAACUUCAGGUCCAUUUCACAUUUCUUCAACAGUCCGGUUGAGGCCAUACAGAAAGGAGGCUGCAUGAGUUCAUCCAGAGCUGAGGAGAUUUACCGCUUCUUACACUACUCCUGCGACACCUCCCUCAUGACAGCAGCACAUUCAGGGAAAACCAGUUAGCAGCUCUCCGUCCUUAGUUUGUUUUAUUUCUUUUCUGUCUCCACACUGACCAGAAGGUCAGAGUAUCUGGUUUUUUGUUGUUUUUUUUUGCUCAUUAAAAAAAACUGUACCGUAGCAAACAGGACAGGACAGGAAAUGCUACAUACAACACAUGAAAGUAUUUGUUUUACAGCACUUUAUGAUGGAAUUUCAGUUGGUUGUAAUCAUGACUUGUUUAAUUCAAGAGACUUGAAUAAUUUAUGGUUUUGUCCUGAAUAAUGAACCACUCAGUGUAUGUCAGUUCAUCUUGAAUAAAGUCUUAUUUUUGUAUAA